AUGGAUGGACCUGUCGGCGUGACUCAGUGUCCUAUACCGCCAGGUAAGACUUUUCUUUAUGACUUCGUGGUUGAACAAUCUGGCACAUAUUGGUAUCAUAGUCACUCGGGAAGUCAAUAUAGCGAUGGGCUGAGGGCUAUGGUUAUUGUUCAUGAUUCAGAGGUGGAAUCCAAGUAUAAAUAUGAUGACGAACGCUUGUUUUCUGUCAGUGAUUGGUACCACGACACCAGUGAUGUUCUUGCGGAACGUCAACUAACAAGAUACAAUCCUACAGGUGCUGAACCUAUUCCUCAGAGUAUGUUGUUCAAUGAUUCUAAGAAUGUCACUGUUAGCGUUGAGCCGGAAACUACAUAUAUCAUUCGCAUUGCUAAUAUCGGCAUUAUGGUUUCUCAAUACAUAUUCAUAGAAGACCACGAAUUUGAGAUAGUUGAAGUUGAUGGUGUCUAUACGAAACCUGCUAGGGCCAACAUGCUUUAUUUGGCUGUUGGUCAGAGAGCAUCCAUCUUACUUAAAACAAAGAGUUUGUCCGAUGUUAACAAACAAUUUUGUAUUGUCCAAUCACUGGAUACUUCAAUGCUUGACGCUAUUCCAAAAGAUCUUCAGGUGACUUCCAUCAGCUAUCUUUCAUAUGACAAGUCAAUGGCCAAAUCUGUUCCCAGAAAGGAAUUCUAUGACAUUGAUUCUUAUGAACCUUUUGACGACUUCAAUUUGGAGCCCCUGAUAAAUCAACCUCUUCUUCCGGAACCUGAUCAUGUAAUACAUCUUAAUUUGCAUAUGGAUAACUUAGGGGAUGGUGUUAAUUAUGCAUUUUUCAACAACUUAACUUACGUCACUCCUAAAGUUCCGACGUUACUAACUGCCUUAACAGCUCCGGAUAAUCUAGUGAUGAACGAUAGGAUAUACGGAGAGAAUACAAAUGCUUUUGUUUUGAGUGGAGGGGAUGUUGUUGAUUUAGUGGUCGAUAAUGAUGACUCGAACAAGCAUCCCUUACAUAUGCAUGGCCAUCAGUACCAGGUUGUUGUUAGAUCUCAAGAGUACGAAGUUCCACACCAUUUCCAAUACGAAAAUGCCAGCGAGUUUCCUGAACAUCCCUGCGUUAGGGAUACCUUGACUGUGAAUACUUAUGGACACGCAGUAAUCAGAUUUAGAGCCGAUAAUCCUGGUAUAUGGUUUUUCCAUUGCCAUUUGGAUUUUCAUCUUGAGCAAGGCUUAGCUAUAGUAUUGGUCGAAGCUCCAGACGUACUUAGAGAUCAACUAAAAUAUGAUUCCCUUCCGUUUGACUACAUUCAGACUUGUCUUGCAGCUGAUAUGCCCACUAAGGGUAAUGCGGCUGGAAAUACGGAAGACUGGCUUGAUCUAGCUGGUCAGAAUCUUCAGCCAAAGGCAUUACCUUUGGGCUUUACACUUAAAGGAUACAUAGCGCUUGCCGCAUGUGCAAUAUCUGCUCUUUGGGGUUUAUGGGAAAUAUCUAUCUUUGGUAUGAGUGACGUCAACAAGCAAUUCCAGGACAGAAUCGACCACGAGAAGUUGGUAGUGAAGGAUCUCAUACUGAAGCUUAGCGACGAGAAGGACAGGGUAUCAGGCAAGAAUCUUCGACAAAUCACCGAAAUGCUUGCAGAACUCGACGAACUGGAUCAUAAGUUUGCGCAACUAUGA